GCAAUUCAUAGAACAUCACUCCUGAGUUCACUGAUGUACAGGUCUUUUCACUGCAGACAUGUUGACUCAACAUUAGGUGAAGUACAGGUGUUGCUAAAAAUGUUAACAAUAGCUUUGUUCUACCUGCUAAAAUAUUUAAAAAGGUCGUCUGUGGACUCUUUCUGGGCUAUGACGUGGGUAAACUGUCCCACUUUGGCCCUUGGUCAGGACAAACAGAAAAGUAUGGGAAUCACCACGCUAGGUGACGCUAUCCAAGUGCGCUUGACUGCAUUUCGCUGUGGUCUGCCAAUUCUCCUCCGGACUGACAGAGGGCGCUGUGUUGCAGGCUAGGCCAGAGAAGCGCAGUGUGGAGUUUUUUUGUUCCCAGAUCUCCUCGGUGCGCUGUCCACUUCAGCACCACAAGCCGAGCAGAGGCAGCGGGCUAGCUAACACCGAAGAGCAAGAUACCGAAGACACGGCUCAACAUCAGCACCAGCACCGACCUGAGCCUCAAAUACAGAAACUACCGUAAGAUACCCACCGAUAUCCACCAGAAACACCGACGACAACGAGACAAAAGACUGCAGAAAAGAGUUCAGUAAUCAUGUAUGAUGCUGCAAGAGUGCCAUCUCCUAAGGAUGGUGCAAACGGCAUGGCCCAGCCCGUGGUCCCCGGAGUAGGAGCAGGAACAGCUGCAGGACCAGGAGGGGGGCCGACACCGAGUGCAGCCCUACAAACUAAAGCUGAAGAAGGACAUCCAGACAUAGAAGAGGAAGAGGAGGAGCCCACAGCAGAGCCUGUCCUGGUGAAAAAACCACACAGAGAGAUUCUGGAUCAUGAGAGGAAGAGGAGGGUAGAACUCAAAUGUAUGGAGCUCCAGGAGAUGAUGGAAGAGCAAGGGUACACAGAAGAAGAGAUUCGACAGAAAGUGAGCACAUUCAGACAGAUGCUGAUGGACAAGGAGGGCGUCAUCACCAGAGAGGGCUCUCACACACAGCCAGUGGUCAACCACCUGCACUAUCAGCCUGAUGAGUAUGGAGAGGAGUUGGUUGGCUAUGAAGAUGGAAAUUAUGACCAUGAUUACCAUAGUGACAGCAGAGUGAAGAGGAAAUCGAGCAGCUCUCCUUCCCCUCGUCCAAAGAAAAGGAAGAAGAAGAAAUCUGGACGCCGAAGGAGUCGGUUUGGCAGUUCCUCACCCACUCACAGAGAGAAGAAGAAAAAGAGUGGGAAGAAACACAAGCGAGACAGAUCAGCAUCUGGCUCCAGGAAAAAGAGGAGAUAUAGAUCAGGCAGCCCAAAGAACAAACACAAAGACAAGAACAAACAGAAAAAGAGGUCCCCUGCUGAGACCCCCAGUAGGAGUUCACAGCGUCAAGGCAGCUGCUGUAGCUCCCGUAGCGCCUCACUGUCCUCCACUCGGAGCACCUCCAAAUCUCCUGCCAGACUGAACUCCAAGCACAAGAUGGACGGACAAAAGGCGUCCAGCACCGCGCUGUCCCCGAACCCCAACACUACAACACCGUGGCACAACGGGGACCACUCCCAGCGAAGCCGCAACGGCAAGGCCGGCAGACUCAGCCACACCGAGGGCGUGAAAGGUCACGAUAAGCUCCGUCUGCUGACCGCUAGCUCUGCAAACAUCCAGUCCACUCUGCUGAGAGAGCACAAGCUCCACAGCGCCCCCAGCAGGAGCCAAACAAGACAAGUGGUGCCAGCAGCAGAGGCUGGGGGUGUGGAUGGCAGGAACACAGCUGUCGGGAGCUCCGUAAGCCAGACGUCGGGGCGGAGAGGGAGCCAGAGAGGCCAGAAUAAGAGCUCCCACUCCCCUGCUCACAGCAGCGACUCGGCCCACUCCCAGCACGCUCACAGAGGGAGGAACGCUCGUCACCAGAGAAAGACAAAAGGUGGCCACUCUUCCAAGCGUCACCACCGCUCUAGUCGGGGUCAGACACACCACCGCAGCCCGUCAGCAUCUCCAGGACGCCACUCGCACACGUCAGGCAGGAAGAAGGAGGACUCUCGUAACAAGCCCAACCUCCGACAGCGGAGCAGCUCCUGGAGCAGCGGGCGUUCAUCAUCGCGCUCCGCCUCCAGGGACAGAGGCCCCAGCAAGUCCCCACCCAACAGACAGAACAACUCCAGAGAGAGGGACAGCCCCAACCGCUCUGACACCGACAGCCGAGCUCGCCGCCGCUCACGCAGCUACUCACCCAUUCGUAAAAGAAGACGAGAUUCGCCCAGCUUCAUGGAGGCUCGCAGGAUCACCAGCGCUCGGAAGCGGCCGAUCCCGUACUACCGUCCCAGUCCAUCGUCGUCCAGCUUCGACAGCAGCCCGUCGCGGUCCAGCCGCAGCCGUAGCCGCAGCUACAGCAGCUACAGCCGCAGCAGAAGCCACAGCCGAAGCCACAACCGGAGCCACAGCAGAAGCCGGAGCCGGAGCUGGAGUCGGAGCCGCAGCCGGAGCCGGAGCUGGAGCCGCAGCAGGAGUCGCUCCCGCAGUCACCACAGUUACUACAGCCGCAGCAGCUACGACAGCCCCGGCUUCUGAGCACAACAGACAGCACAGAAAGGAAACGCAAACAAACAGGGGAGCAGUCCUGAUAAAUUUGCUGUGCUCCGGUUCACUCAUGAUGUAUCUGUAACAGACUGCUGCACAGUCCAGGGCCAUGGUCCCUCGCUAAUACAGAGCCUGGAUCAAAGAGGAGAAAUGUAUUUUGAUAUAGCACAUUACUAUGAAAUUGGCUGUCACUGUUCAUGUCUUCAAAUAUACAAGGUAUUAAAGGAAAUGGGUUACCACGUCAAAAGUUAAUUUGGUAGAGCCCAAAGAACAAAUCUUGCUGUAUGUUAGCACUUUCUUUCUCUUCUUCCACAAAGCAACCAAAAAUGAAUUCAUCAAAAACUGUAUACUAUAAAUAUAUAUAUAUAUAUAUAUAUAUAUAUAUAUAUAUAUAUAUAUAUAUAUAUAUAUAUAUAUAUAUAUAUAUAUAUAUCUUAACAAUAGCAGCUGAGUAGAAGACAGAAAGAGGACACAUCAAUGGCUUACUGUACAUUUCAGAGAAUCUGACCUUUUUUUCCAUCAUCAUGUACUCAUGUCCCCAAAGGCUUCCAUUCCAUCGAAGCACAGAGAUCAACGAAAAUGAGAACAAAAAGAGGAGUCUGCAGAUGGAAUAGGAAGCAAAACAGAAAAGGAACUUUUUUUUAAUGACAGAAAUUGUAUUGUAUAGGUUUGUC